AAAGGUUCAUGGAUUAGGCCAGAGGAUGCUUCCUCUCUCCACCUCAGAAGCCUCAUAGGAAAGCUCUUCUCAAUCCUCAAAUUUCCACUCUUUAUAAAGAGCCAUCAACACACUCUUUUUUUCCACUCAAAUCCCAACUUUGAAUUUGAACAUUCCUCUCCAAUUCCUUUUUAAAUUCUAAAUAAAUGGGCUCCCCACAAGACUCACUUGAUUUGAUUAGCCAGCAUCUUCUUGAUGAUUUUGCUUUCAUGGAAAAUUAUUACCCUGAAAAUACCCUUUAUUCCCAAAGUUGUGAAUCUAUGGACCAGACUUGUUUCUCUUUUGAAACAACUCAAAGUUCAAAUCUUGAUGAUAUAUCAAGCUUGUUUAGUACUACCUCAAAAACAAAGUUUGAUGGUUUUUUCGAGUUUGAAGCAAAACCACAUGUUAUUACUAUCAGCUCGAAGCAAAAAACGAGCUUGAAAGAACGCAAGCCAUCUCUUAACAUUGCGAUACCUGCGAAGCCUGUUGUUCAGAAAGUGGAAGUUGUCAACGAGAAGAAGCAUUACAGGGGAGUUAGGCAGAGACCAUGGGGGAAGUUUGCGGCAGAGAUUCGUGACCCGAACCGAAAGGGGACUCGGGUUUGGUUAGGAACCUUCGAUACUGCUGUGGAUGCAGCCAAGGCAUAUGACAGGGCAGCGUUUAAACUUAGAGGCAGCAAAGCAAUAUUGAAUUUCCCUCUUGAAGUUGCUAACUUUAGGCAACAGAAUCAUGAUAUUGAGACUCCACAGCCAGUAAAGUCAUCAGGCAGUAAAAGGGUGAGAGAAACAGAGGAAUUAGUCAUCAAGAAGGAAAGGAAAAUCGAAGAAGAAAGAGUAGUCACCACGGCAGCAACAGCUCCAUUAACACCGUCAAGUUGGUCGACGAUUUGGGAGAGUGAAGAUGGAAAGGGCAUUUUUGAGGUGCCGCCAUUGUCACCAUUGUCUCCACAUAUGGGCUUUUCUCAGCUUGUCAUGAUAUAAUUUUGGGAUUUAGUAUUUGAUGAAUAUGCACCUGACUAUAAAGAGAGUCUGAGGUGAAUUAGAAUUAGAAUGAUGUAUCUUUGGAUCUUGAAUCUUUAGUAAUUUCAUUGAUUAAGAGUUAUUCAAUGUAAAUACACUAAAAUCUGUUCAAUUCAUCUUUAUUCAUUUUCAUAAUAUGGAAUAGACAUUUAUAUGAAUCAGAUUGUCUCUCUCAUAAUUGAAAACAGGGUAUGGGAAUUAUUAUUUUUAGUAUA